AUGGUGCACGUGGCCUCUCCUUCAGGGGGCAGUGAGGAGCGGGUAGGGCCAUGCACGUGGCCCUCGGAGCAGCUGUUGGACACGGGACUUGAGAGCCCUCGGAAGCAGCAAGCUGCCCGGGGACGCAGGAAGCCGCGCUGCUCCUCCCACCGCUGCCGGGGCCAAAGCCUGCCUCGCCCCACCCCCUCCCAGCUCCGGGAAGAGCAGGAGCUCCAGAAAGAACGGAAAAGCCGAAAACCUGGAGAGGCGGCGCUAAGGAAGGGAGCCUCGGAUAGACCCGGAUGGACCAGCGAGGAUCAGAAAGGGUAA